AUGAAAUCCAUCAUUUUUUACGUUUUAAUUCUCUUUGUUAUUUUUAAUGUUGCGAACGCACAUUUCCAACUGCAAGCACCUCCGACAAGAGGUUUCGUUGAUGAAAAAGAGCCAACUGCUCCUUGCGGUUCAUUUGACACUGUUAAUACAUCUCAAAUAAGCAACUUUCCUGUUU